CUUAUCUCCGGUAUCACGUGCCAUUCAAGCGUGUAAACUUCGCCAUGAAAUUAUCACCUCGUUUUAAUUGUUGCAAAUUAACAUGAAAUCGACAUGGUUCAUUGGCCCGGCCACGUAGACUUGCCAUGGUUUUCCUUAUCGUCGAAAAAGCCCAAUACCAGACACAAAAUUCACCCGAAUGUCGUUUUUCACAAUUUUCCCAUCGAUGAAUAAUUAUUAUUGCUGUUUUCGUGCGUAAUUUAUUUUUCAUAAUCGUCGUAUAGAAAAAAUAAUGCUUUAUCGGUGGUUUGUGUGAAGCUGAUUUGUUUUUUUUUCUGUUAUCAUUGUUGUUCCUGUUUUUGUUUUGUUUCGUUUUAUUUUUUACAUAUUUUUUCUUAUUUUUUUUUUCGUUGUUUGUUUUUUCUUUUUUUCGACGAGAUUUUUAUUCGAGUUUUCUUUUUAUAUAUAUUUUUUUGGUAUUUUUUCACGUACUUAUAUACAAAGAUUGAUUUUCUCAGUGUCGUUUUGUUCGUAUAUUAAUCACGUACUAUCGAAGGUGCGAAAAAGUUGUGCUUGCAAAUAAGACGUAAAGUUGCCUUCAAAAAGUAUGCUUCGAAUUCAACUAUGAGUGGCAGUAGCGAAGAAAGCGAAUCAGAGUAUAGUAAAAUUAAAGACGAGCAAAUACGCGAAGAUGACGCGGAUACUCAGAUAAUUCAAAACGACAACGGCAUCUCGGAUUCUUUAGCAGAUGAUGAGGCAGCAUUUCGGAUCCAGUUCAAAUCACUGCUACCCCACGAAAUCGAAUUGCGCAGUGCCGGAGCCGAAGGUGUCUGGAGCACUACUUCCAUUCCAUGCGGUACCAAAUACGGACCAUACAUCGGUAAAUGGCUAUCCAAGCCGAUAGACACACGCUUCGCAUGGGAGAUACAUUUAGCAGGCAGCAUAUGUUACUUGGAUGGCAGUAUCGAAGUUUUCAAUUGGUUAAAGUUUAUUCGUUCGACUAAAGAUAAUCAUAAGCAAAAUGUUCGCGCUUUUCUGCUGGCUGGAAAGGUGUACUAUGAAACGGUUCAGAAAGUAGAAGCUUUUCAAGAACUGCUAUUAGGAAGCAAAUCUCCCCUUCAGAUGGAUUACUUUAACGAUUGCGGAACUGCUAAUGAGAACGGAUUAAUGAUGUCAUCGCAGAAUGACGAAAAAUGCGAUCGAGAAUCCGCCAAAUCAGGAUCUCUUCAUUCUGCCGGUACCGUAGACGAUGAUAAGAAAGAUGACGAAGACGACGAUUGUUGUAUCAUAUGUGAUAAAAAUUUCAAGGACGUUGAUCAGUUGGACUUGCAUCUGAUUUCGUGCCACGACUAUCCGGCGGAUAAAUAUCGCUGCGAACAGUGUCCAAAAACGUACAGCUGGCUUCCUUGUUUAACCAGACAUCAGUCGUUGUUUCACCGAAGUUACCAAACAUUCCCCUGCGAAAGCUGCAGCAAGACGUUCAUCAAUCCGAGUAAUUUACAGCGUCAUAUCAGAACGCGUCAUAUCGGUGCCCGUUCUCACGUGUGCCAGCAGUGUGGCAAAGCAUUCGCCACGUCUUCAGGCCUCAAACAGCAUACUCACAUACAUUCCAGCGUGAAACCAUUCAGAUGUGAAGUUUGUUUCAAGGCGUAUACGCAGUUUUCAAACUUAUGCCGACAUAAAAGGAUGCACGUCGGUUGCAGAAUGCAGAUAAAAUGCGACAAAUGUAACCAAUCGUUCAGCACCGGCACAUCGUUAACCAAACACAAGCGUUUCUGCGACUCGUCGGCGGCCAGCGCUGGUCUAUCGAACUCGAUGCCCAUACCGAACAUGCCGUUCAUCCAUCAUCAACUAUCAGCCGGCUCUAAUCCUUUCCUCGGAUACCCGAGACCGCCGCCGCACAACGCACUGCCGCUGUAUCCGUCUAAUCUGCUCUCCCAUUACCCUUCUAUUUUCGGCUCGCCUCCGGGUCCGAUACCUUCGUCGUUCCUGCCCAAUCCGCUCCUGUUCGGACAAUCGUCUAUGGCCAAGUCGACGUUGAACGAUGCCGAAAAAUACGCUUACUCGACCGCGUCUAUGUUCGCCGACUGCAAUCUCAAGCACAGGAAACUUUCCAGUGGCAAAAUGACUCCUUCCGCUGAUUUGGACAAGUACGCCUAUCACGCUAUCGAGAACCGUUCAGUCAAGAGUGAAAAUUCGGCUCAAAAUCAAAACGAGCAUUCUCGCAAUCGACGCGAAAAUGACUCGGUCGAUGCUAAUAAGAUCCAUAAGCAGUCCAAAGUGAAAAAGUAUCAUAGAAAUGCUCAAAAUGACGACGUUCACGAUCUAUCGAGUAGGAAGCGUUUGUCAGCCGAGGUCGCUGAUGAUCAGCAGACGUCUUUUGGUGUUCCUCCACCCCAAAAGAUACCGAAAACAGAGAACUCGAGCAAUGGCGACCAACCUCUCGAUUUAUCGUUGAGUAAAAAAGAAAUGGCCAACGAAGAAGACGACGAGGAUGAUCAGGAUCAGGAUCACGAUGAGGAAGACGAAUACGAAAGCAAAGUCGAAGUCGAGGCUGUGGACGAUAUUAAGCCGAUGAAACCCAAAGUCGAAUCUAUGGAAGAUAUUAAACCGAUGAAAUUCAAAUUCGAGUCUAUGGAAGACUGUAAGCCCACAAAACCUAAAUUCGAAUCUAUGGAAGAUAUUAAGCCGACGAAAUUCAAAUUCGAGUCUACGGAAGACAUUAAGCUCACAAAAGCCAAAUUUGAAUCCAUGGAAGACACGAAGCCUGUGAAAUCCAAAUUUGAGUCUAUGGAAGACAUUCAGCACACGAGACCCAAAUUCGAAUCCAUGGAAGAUAUUAAGCCCACGAAACCCAAACUCGACUCGAUCGACGACAGCAACAACAACAACAACAAUAACAACAACAGCAGUAACGAAAACAGCUACGUCAGCAAUGAUAAAAAUAACAACGAUAACGAAAGUAGCGACGUCGAAGGUGAGAUCACGUACGAUGGGGCAGCCGAUGGAGACGCAAACGACUUCCACAAAUCGCUGGAAAACGAUACCGAAGAUCAAAAAGACGAUAACGUCGCCUCUUUCAAAGCUGAAAACCGCGAACACGUCGAAGAUCAUCGCCCUACUCCCACCAUCUAUCACCGAGAGAAGAAAAACGAUCGCAAAAAUAUCCCGAAAAAGUUGAAAAUCAGAGAACGCCCUCCGGCAGCGAGCUCCUCAGAGGAUGAAAAAGAAGACGAAAACUUGAAACGUCGACGACUCAGCGAAGAUGACAAGUCCAGUGCGGAAAAUGCAAAAAUGCCGAAAGAUUCUCAAAUGCUGGCUGCUUCUCCUCCUCCUGCUCUGGCACCUGGUAUGCCUCACGUCGGAGCUUCCUCGAUGAUCUACCCUCGACCAGUGCAUCCGUUAUUUUUCGAUACGUUUUAUCGCCAGACGCUGUCGAAUUUGGGAGCUGUUUCGCAUUUGAAUUCGUUUCAAAGACACGAUCGCCUAGCACCUUUGCAGGGGUUCGGUUCGGCACCGUGUAACUUCUUGGGACAACUUAUGAACGGGUUCAGAAACGGUCAAACUUUGGGCAAUUCCUUCGAGCAGCUGCUAAGACCGCCGUUUUCCCUGUUUCAUCAUGCUCGAAAUAUGCACUCGGGUAACGGCGAUAAUAACGAGGAUGCGGGGAGCGAAAACGUAAACGAAGACAAGAAUGGAGGUGCUGGUAAGAGCGGUCAUAAAAUUGAUAACGAUAUCAGGUCGUCGUAUAGUCGAGAUGGCAACGUUGCCAACAACGAUGGGAACUCGGUCGUCGGUGCGAAUAAUAAUUUCCAAGCUCUUAGUAACGCUUACAACUUGGAUAGCAUCAGAGGUAUGGGUUUGUCUGGUAAAUUGCACAACAGCCAUCAUCAUCAGCAACAACAACAACAGCAAUCCCAUCACCAUCAGCACCACCAUCCUCGCCACGAACACAACAACGGUAACGUGAAUCUGCCAGCCAACAAUCACCAUCGUCAUUCUUUACACCAGGCUCUGCAUCAUCAACAGCAACAGCAGCAGCAGCACCAUCCUCACCAUCAUAACAACAACGCCAGCUCCAAGACCAGCGGCAACAGCAAUAACAAUUAUUUGGGCAUGCAUCAUAAACCGUUCCACGAUCUGCAUUUGGCCAGUGCCGGAGCAGCCAUAGGUCUGGCCAAAGUUAAAGACCGAUACGCUUGCAAAUUCUGCGGCAAGGUGUUCCCUCGUUCGGCCAACCUGACCAGGCAUCUGCGUACGCAUACCGGCGAGCAACCGUACAAGUGUAAAUAUUGCGAACGAUCGUUCAGCAUUUCGUCGAAUCUGCAAAGGCACGUGCGUAACAUUCACAACAAAGAGAAGCCGUUCAAGUGUCCGCUGUGCGACCGCUGCUUCGGCCAGCAGACUAAUUUGGACAGACAUCUGAAGAAACACGAAGCUGGCGAAAACAACGGCGCCGUUUCGGCUGCCGAUAGUCCGGAAAGUAUCAACGAAAGUGCCCGAGAUGACGCUUCGCAUUUGGAUGAAAUUCGUAAUUUCAUGGGUAACGCCGGCGUCUACCCCGGACCCGUCAAAUACACCGCAUCCGCCAAGAUGUUCAAGCACUACGACCUGACCGCAAUCAUGAACCCCGAAGAAGUGUACGAAGACGAAGAAGAACCCUACAAUGAUCAACCCGGAUCGGUCCCGAUCGACGCUACGACUACCGCCUCCGUUGUCUCAGCUGCAGAUCCGGCUGCUUUGUCGAUGAAUACGAGCAGCAUCGACGACGAUGCCGAUGCUGAUGUCGAUGGCGAAGAUGACGAAGAAGACGAAGAAGAUAUCGACAGCGAUCACAACAAUAUACCCAAUAAUCUUUCCAUUCGAUCUACUACCAGCAACGAUGACGAUAAAUGCAACGUUUCCAAAACGGCCAUUUGUACGAUGCCCAGUUCGUCUCCUAUUUCACCAGCGUCCGCUUCCACCUCCGGUGUUUUUUCUUUUCAACAGAAACGAGUUAGUAAGAUAUUCAAUCAAGCUCUGGCCGCCAAAAGUGGUCUUUUAAACGAGCCAUCUUCGCACGAAUGUAUAACCACUAGUUUAUAGCCUAAUUUAUUACAUCCCAGUAUGGCUACUCGUCGUCGUCGUCGUCUAUUUACAUUACAAAGCGGACGAUGAAAACAUCAUAUUUUAUGGCUUGUAUUGGCCUGCCAUGUUUGUACAAUGUACAUUUUAUAGAAUCAGAUGCGCGAUUUAAGCUCAAAGCAUUCGCGAAAAAGUUUAAUCAAAAAAAUUACCAAAGAAAUUAGGCAUAUAGAGGAGGUAAAAACCCUCGAAUGUGUAUUAUGUAUCUUUAGUAUUCUCGACGAGACCGUAAUAGGUACCUGUUUAACUCGUAUUAUAUUAAUUUUAAUUUUCAUAUUUAUCUACAUCGUUCACAUUUGACAUGUACUUACAAUUAGAUGUUUAAUUUUGAAUUCGAAUUUGUUAGUGAACGAAUUUGAUGGUCGUGUUCGAUCUUCUUGAGAACUUAAACCCCUAAUGCUAUUCCAUUAAAUUGAUUCAGAUUUUUUGCAGUCAGAAUAUUCGGCAUUUAAGCGAACACGUUUAUAUUUUUGUGAUUCAUUACGUAAUGCUAAUCUAAACUAGGAAACUUUACGAGAGAUUACAUUUGGAUUGGAGCCUUUUUUUUUCAAGUUUUGGAUCCACUGGGUGAUUCACAGCAGAAAUUUCAACUCCUCGAUGCGAAAUUUUUAUGGUCCUUGAAAUAUCUCAAGCUCCCGAAUAUUCCAGAAAUUCAAUCGUGUUGCUAAUAUAUUGUUAAUAGUCGUUUUUAGAAACUAAUACCCUCGUGAAUGAUAUCUUCAUAACAUUCCAUUUAUAGCGAUGCAGUAUUUUUACCAAAAUUUCAUUUUUGGAUACCCUGAAUUAUCCAGGGAUUGUACUCGGUUACUUUUUAAGUAACCAAGUUACUAAAGUUGGUUACUUUUUCAAAAUGUUGGUCACUAAAAGUUACUUUUUCCAAGAUUUUUCACAAGUUCCCUUUUUUUUUUCAAAAUUUUAUCCAACAUUCUUCGAAAAAAAAAAAAAACAUUGCAUUUAUUUAAAUGGCAUCACUGCUUUUUCAGCGUUAUGAAUUUAAUUUUUUUUAGUCCUGAUUUGAAAUGUACCUACUAAGAGGUUUUCCAAUUUCGAUAGGUACCUAUUAUUAUUUUUGAAUUUCUCGAUGGUUUUUAGUGGAUUUCUCCUGUCUCGAUUGAUUUUUAAAUCUUGAAUUUUGGUGGUGAUUUUUUUCAAAAAUAAUUUUUCCAUGAUUUUGAUGAUUCUUUUCCCUGAAUUUUUGCCGAAUUUUAUCACCUUGAAUUCUCAUGAUUUUUUCAUAAAAAUUUUCCCUCGAGCUUGUGUGGUUUUAUUGCUCAAAUAGUCGGGAUUUCUUCUUAUUUCGAUUCGAUGGCUUUUUUGAAUCUUGUGAAUUUUUUUCUUCGCCGAUUCGGUGAGUUUUCUUUUGAAUUUUUCUAGAUUUUUCCCUAUUCUGACGGGUAUGAUUUUUUUUGAAUUUUCGCUCUUUUUUUCAAGUUUUUCGAUAAUUUCUCGACAUUUUUCAUUUUUUUUUCUCGUUUCAAAUUUUGGCGAACUUUUUUUCCAAAUUUGGAUUGCAAUCUCCCCCCUCCCCUGCCGCCUUUUCCUGUUAAUUUUAUAAUGAAUUUCCCGUUCUGAAAUGAGUCUUCUUAUUUUAUGCAAUUUUUUUUUUACAAAUUACGUAUUGUUUUUUAUUUUUCAAACACUCGAUUUUUUUUUUCGUCAAAUCCUCGCUCAUGUCAAUAUUUCUGCUAUUUUACAAUUGGUAUUUUUGUGUUCGAUUUUUUGAAAUGGCUUUGAUUGAAAGAUUGAAUUUCGUUCCUCCCUGUUUCGGUAGACUUCCCCCUCUUCUUUCAAUUUUACAAUUUUUUUAGUAGUUUAACACAUUUUUCGAUUAUGUUUCCGGAAUCCAUAAUCGUAUUAUUUUCAUGCGUUCUUUUUGUAGUUUAAUCUACGAGUAGUUUACUUUUGAAAUGUUAAUAAUUAUCUGUUUUGAGCUUUUGCUAGGUUGUUUUUUUUCAAAAAUGGCUGGUAUUUGAAUUUUGAUGUUUUUUUCUGUGUUUUUUGAAAAAACUGCUAUCGAAAUUUUCAUUACGUUUUGAAAAAUUAAGAAUAAAAGAGAAAAAUUUGAGGAUCAUGUUGUGAAUUUUUUUUUUUUGAAUUUCAUUACGAAAUGUUCGAACUUUACAAUAUUCUAAAAAUAUACUAGAUUCAUUUUCAAAAUUUUUUGAAAUAUUUUCAAUCUAUUUGUUGGAUUGAAAAUAGGUUACAUUUCAAAUUUCAGCUUUCUAGGUCAAUUUUGUAAAAUUUUCAUUUUUUUUGUCUCAGUUUUGGGCUAAAUUUGGUUUUCAAAAAUUCUCUAACAGUGUAUAAAUGCUCAUAAGCUCCUAAAAUUUUGGCUUUUGAUGUAUUUUUGUAUGCUUUUUCAAUUAUUUAGCACUCGGCAGUGUCCAAUUAAAAAUUUUUUCUGUCAGUUUUGAUAACUCUCGAUUGUUAAAAAAGCAAUUGGCAAAAAUUUUCUUCAAUUUUUUUCAUUGAAGUAAUUCUGUAGCAUUUUUAAUUUUGUCAGGGCUCUUCAAACCAUCUCUUUCAACUCUGAAAUAUUUGUCAAAAUUGGUCCAACACUUCCAACAGUGAGGGAAAAUGAAUUUUGAAACUAUGCGACAAAAAAAUGAAAAAACAAAUUUUAGUUUUUACAGAGACGUGUAAAAUUUAAAAAUUUUUAAAAAUGUAUCCAGCGCCUCCAAAAAUGAAAAUUCUGUAAAAAUACUUGCAUUACCGUGAAAUGAGGUUAUUUGAA